UUGCAUUGCUAACUCGCAAAUAUUUUGUUAGCUGCUAACAUGGCGUAGUUAAUAAAAGCAGUGAAGCGUUAUAAACUUUAGCCGCUAGAUGACGACAUUACACUUCCGUAUAAUGUGAUGUCCUUUUCUAAGAAUAUUUACUUUAUUCGACUAUAUUCAAUGUUUAUUUAUUUGUCGAUAAUUGUUUUUCUCUACUCUCUUAAAUCGCUUUUAUUGAUAUUGAAAGUCCAGUUACAACGUAAUUGUGCACUCCACACUUUGUAUAUGAGACUUGAAUGGCUCAUGGCCUUUUACAGCUUCAUUUGGAAUUAGUUUACCGGCAUACACAAAGUGAAGCAGUAUUGCUUUUUAAUGUGAUGUUGAUUGACGUUGUACCUGUAGCCUACAGUUUCGUUUAUCUUUAUGUGGUGCAACAAGAGGAAAGUGAAACUUAAGAUAUUAUCCAAAUAAGGGAGGUGGAGUAACCGUACAAAAUCCCGUUCUGUAAACAUGUCAAGCCAGACAACAUUUCGAUUUCCACCAAAAGAGCUUGUGGUUAAUAGAAGGUCCUACUGUAAAACUGGUCAGAUAUACAGUAAGCAGAGAAAUGUCAGAGGAGGAUCUUAAAAAAUUGUCCUGCCACUUCACGUGGGACUUGCAAAAGGAGGAUGCUGAUCUUAAUUUCCUUGAAGUGAAAUUCUGUGAAAGGCUGACAAUUAAAUGCGAGUAUGGAGAAAAUUUGAAACAUAGAGAUUUAAAUUUUUUUGCCUUCAUCAAACAUUUACAAGGGUUUAAUGACAAGGCACUUAAGAAUCUGGAACUAGCAAAAGAGGAACAUCCAGGAAAUGAACAGCAUUUAAUUGUGACAUAUGGAAACUUAGCCUGGGUGCACAGUCUCAUGGGCAAUGUGCUAGAAGCCAAAACCUGCACAGAGAAAGUGAAUCAAAUUCUCAAAGCUUUUCCCGCUCCAUCUCCAACAGAGCUUCACAGAGAAGUUCAGAGCGAAAAAGCCUGGUCACUUCUUAAGUUUUCUAGAAAAUCAUACAUCAGGGCCAAGGAGACUUUCCAUGAAGCCCUGCAGAAAGAGCCAGAUGACAAGGAAUGGAACACAGGCUAUGCCUUUUCUCUGUUCUGUCUGGAGGGACUGGAGAUUGGCCAGUACAAGCGUCUUCGUUUCGAAGAGUCUGCUGCUGUAGUCCAGUUGAAGAAAGCUCUGAUAUUGGACCCAGACGAUGCAAUGAUCCAUGUAUAUCUGGGGCUCAAGUGCUACAAGAACCAAAGGAAUGCUGAGGCAUGGGAGUACAUGACGAAAGCACUUACAAUGGCUCCAGAUAACCUCAGUGUUGUUUUGCGUGUUGCAAAAUUCAUGAAGAAAGAGCAGAGCUAUGACAGGGCCCUGGAAGUGCUGCUGAGAAUGCUAGAGAAAGCACCAGAGUCAUCACGUUUACAUCAUGAGAUUGCCAACAAUUACCGCUGGAAAGCCAUGCAGUUGGAAGACAUCCACAAUCCAGUGUUGCUGAGACUUUGCAUUCAGCAUUUAGAGAAGGGUGCCAGUUUAAAUCCAGGGUUCAUUUACCCACAGUUGGAGCUAGCUCUGAGGUAUGCAGACAUCAAACAAUAUGCUAAAGCAGAACAGAAGUUCCGUGAGCUUUUUGCUCUUGACCUAAAGCCAAAUGAUCUUCAAGCCUGGCAUCGCAAGUAUGGAGAUUUCCAACUCUACAAGUUGGGCUCAGAGGCAGCUGCGGUUGAGCAUUACAAACAAGGCAUGAUGCUGGGUCGAGUGUCCACUGAAUGGAUCAACUGCAGAAACAGACUGAAAAAAGUCCUAUGGCAUGACAGAAGAGACGCAUACCAGAUCCGGAUGUACUUGGAUUCCUUUAGCAGAGAGAAUAAUGGAGACACUGAUUAAGAGACAACAUUUCCUUCACCUUUCCUUGCUAUGCAAGAUGGUUUACUUUGAAAUCUGAAGUUCCACUAAUUAUAAUAUCUAUCCUCUCAUGUAACAAAAAUGCAACAAUAAUUGCACCUGAGCUGUCAGAGUUAAAGUAGUUCACUGAAGAAAAAAAAAAAUAAUCAUACAUUAUUUUAUAUUUAGUUGAGUCAUUAUUAACACCUUUGUUCCAACCUGUAUGCUUUCUUCCUCCUGUGGAACACAAAAAGAGAUGUUAGACAGAAUGUUAGACUCAGUCACCAUUCACUUUCAAUGUGUCCUUUUAUUAUCAUGUAAUGAAAGUGAAUGGUGAUAACAUUCUGUCUAGCACCGGCAAAAGAAAGUGAUAUGGGUUUGCAUUUGGAACAAUAUAGAGUACAGUAAAUUAUGACAAAGUUGUAUUUUUUGGUGAACCGUCCCUUUAAAUAUAUGAACGUUUUUGUAUAAUCAGAUUUGUUUUAACAGCUACAUAACCAAUAUUUUAAAAGCUUUAUUAAUGAAUAUGUUAAAAUGCACAUUAAAUGACAAGUGGAAAUUUAGUUUGAAUAUGUCUAUUGUCAAAUUAAAACAGGUGGGGCUUGUGUUGACAUUGGCUGGUCAUGUGGAAGCUGCACUGUUGGAUUUAAUCCAGCACUUCUCAUGAGCUCACUGGCCACUCAGCUUGACUGAAAGUAAAAGUUGACUUUUGUAUGUGUACAUAAUAGCAUGAAGCAUAUUGUUCCGCCAAUAAAAUAUGUGCAAAUCUGACAGGAAGAACACUGUAAUGGCG